UCAUGUUUCCUUCAGAGUAACAACGGGGGAGUAGUUGGUGGAGCGGGGACGGGAAUUGGCAGGCUUUACCGUGUGGUGGCACACAAAGAUGACGAGGAGCAGAGGGAGAGAUGACAGCGGUGAUUAUGCACCACCGAUCAUUUUGAUCCUCAUCACAGAAGUAGUCUGAGGAGAGGGGAGCAGGCUCUGUUUUUCCUUUUUUUUUGCAAAACCUCGGGCCUCAACACAAAAUAAGGACACCUACAGGAGUUGUCGCUUGCUUUACUAUUGAUGUCUUGAAAGAGUUAGAAUGUCACUGUGUUAUUCACUGCACUGGAAGACCAGUACAAUCAAAGUGUAACGUGCAAAUUUCUAGUCGUUAUGGUGCCUGGUCUCGCACAUGGUGGCUGAAAAGCUCCCAAAAGCCCUCAUUUUGUGUUGAAGUGACAACCACCCUCUAGCAUAGAAGGCAAUUGCAUCUAAUACUUUUUUUUUUUUUUUCUGCUGAAACUCAGCAAAAAAGUCUCGAGUUGCAGGAGAGGUGGAGAAAGUGAUGGGGAGGAGGCAGAGUGUGUUUAAAAUCGAGGUUUAGUUAACCUCCUCAACUUUAUGACUCAGUGCGGGUUCCCCCAAAACAGCUGUGUGCAGAUAUUUCAACAAUGCCUCCAGUAGACUGCGGCAGAUUUCUCUAUUGUUGUAGCAGCCCGGGUGUGGGGACACAGGAAGACUCCCCUGCCAGAGGCCUUGAAUUCAAAGGACACAAUGAAGCAGUUUCUUUCAGAUCGCGUCGUGAAGGCAGCCAGAUCAGUGUACAGUGUUAUGAUCGAGAGGAACCCUGGUCUGAUCCGAGAUAGAAAAUAUCACCUCAAAACCUACAGACAGUGCUGUUCUGGUAAAGAACUUGUUGAUUGGCUGCUGAAACAGAACGAAUGCCUCCAAUCCAGAAGUCAGGCAGUUGGGAUGUGGCAGGUCUUGGUGGAUGAAGGGAUCCUCGUUCAUGUGAAACAUGAGUUGAACUUCCAUGACAAGGACACCCAGUUCUAUCGCUUCCAAGACUCCGAGUUUGGCCUGAACCACAUGACAAACGAGAAGGACUCGGAGGACGAGCUGCAGGAAGGUCUGUCGCUCCUGUCUCAGCUGGGUCCGGAUGCUCUGCUCACUAUGAUUCUACGCAAAUGCCCCAGUCAGAGGAGUGCUGAGGACCUGGAGGUCAUCUACGAGGAGCUGCUCCAUGUCAAGGCUGCUGCUCAUCUCUCCACCUCGGUGCGUAAGGAGCUGGCAGCGGUGCUGGUCUUUGAAUCACAUGCCAAAGCCGGAACAGUCUUGUUCAGUCAGGGGGACAAAGGCACCUCGUGGUACAUCAUCUGGAAAGGCUCUGUGAACGUGAUCACACAUGGGAAGGGGUUGGUAACUACGCUACAUGAGGGUGAGGACUUUGGGCAGCUAGCUUUGCUGAAUGAUGCGCCUCGUGCUGCCACCAUUAUCUUGAGAGAGGACAACUGCCAUUUCCUCCGUGUGGAUAAGCAGGACUUCAUACGCAUCCUCAAGGAUGUGGAGGCCAAUACUGUGCGACUGGAGGAGCAUGGGAAAACUGUGCUGGUGUUGGAGAAGAGCGCCGGCUCCGCCGAGCAAGGCGGAGCGGGAAACAACAGCAAGUACACGGUCAUGUCAGGAACACCUGAGAAAAUCCUUGAGCACCUACUGGAAACUGUAAAGUUAGAUUCUAAUGGAAAUGACGCUAUAGAUCCCUGUGUGAGCGACUUUUUGCUCACCCAUAAAGUCUUCAUGCCUUCCAGCCAGCUGUGUCCUGCACUGCAGCACCACUACAGGGCAGAGCUCUCUGAGGGCUCAGAUCAGGAGAAGGCCGCCUACAUUCUUAACGGCAAGCAGAAGGUAGUGAGGUUGGUUGGCCAGUGGGUGGCGCUGUAUGGCCUUCUGCUGAAAGAAGACCCUAUUGCUUUGGACUUUUUGGAGAGGUUGAAGAAGGAGGUGGCAGGUGAUUUCCGUCUGUCCAGCCUGCUGAAAGAACAAUUUAGGGAAAGGAGGAGAACAAAAGUGAUGGAGAAUGGAUAUCAGUCCCUGAGCAGGAUCCAGCAGUUUGAUUGGUUUUCAAACUGUGAGGAGCCUGUGGGCAGGUUACAGCCAAUCAGAGCACAGGAUAAAGUGUUGUAUGAGAUCUACAGGCCAGACAACAAACCUCUCACUCUGAUGCUCCCAGUGAACACGUCAGUGCAGGAUGUGAUGUCAGCAAUAGGGAGACCUGGCGGAGAUCACAUCCUGGUCAAAAUGAACUCCAUGGGAGAAAGAGCUCAGUUAAAGCUGGAUGCUACUGCAGUCUACACCGCCUUGGGACUCAACGAAAGACUGUUCGUCUGCGCGAGCAGCCAAGUGGAACAUCUGAUGCCCCUGAAGGAGCAGCAGGGUCCCGAGCGAGGAACAACUGACGUCCUCGAACAGAUGGGCUCGAAAGACAUCGCCAAUGAACUCACAAAUUAUGACUGGGAGCUGUUCACUGCCAUGCAUGAGGUGGAGCUUGUCUACUACAUAUUCGGGCGUCAUAAAUUCCCCGGCGCCAUCACAGCGAACCUGGAAAGGUUUGUGCGUCGCUUCAACGAGGUGCAGUACUGGGUGGUGACUGAGCUGUGCCUCUGCGAAGACCUGGUGAAACGGGCCGUUCUGCUUAAGAAGUUCGUCAAGAUCGCUGCAGUCUUAAAGGAGCAGAAAAAUCUCAAUUCAUUCUUCGCUGUGAUGUUUGGCUUGAGCAACAGUGCGGUACAGAGGCUUUACAAGACCUGGGAGAGAACACCCAGCAAGACAAAAAGAAUCUACUGCGCUUAUGAGAGGUUGAUGGAUCCUUCACGCAACCACAGGGCCUACAGACUGGCCGUGGCCAAACUCGGUCCUCCUUACAUCCCCUUCAUGCCUCUGCUGCUCAAAGACAUGACAUUCAUCCACGAGGGAAACCCAAACUAUGUGGACAAAUUGGUCAAUUUUGACAAGAUGCGAAUGAUUGCCAAGACAGUGAAAAUUGUACGAGGAUGCAGAAGCCAGCCUUAUGUGCCUUCGUCUCCACAGAGGGGCCUGGCAGAUCGGAUGUUUCUGGAAGGGCCUUCUACUCGCAUAUCCACAUACUCAGAGCACACUCUCCCUCUGCGGAGUCCCAGCAACAUCCGACAGUACAUUCAGAACCUGACGGUUAUUGACAACCAGCGCAAGCUAACACGGCUAUCAAGAACAUUAGAAUGCUAGGACAUCCGCCCGCAUUUGUACAAAGACUGCAGAACUGUGGCACAAAUCUGAAGGACUCUAGCUAGAUAAACAAAGCAUCCACACUUCUCUAAAUAAGAUGGACCUCUGGAGGUGUUGAGUUUCGCGGACAUUCACUCUAAUUCAAGGAGCUUGGACCUUCGUGAAGAAGCUUUCUGCACAGCACAGCGCUGCGAGAGAACACGUGCAGUAUGCACAGUAAUGACCUCUAAUGCUGAACCAGAGAAUCCAAAGUCUGCUUUCAUUGGACUUGUGACACUUUUUUUUUUUUUUUGUAUUCCAAAAAGCCACAGUGGAAGCUAAUCCCCUCACAAAGGUAAUGUUACAACAUGUACAGUUUGGCAAAGUAUGCCUAUCCUUGUUGUCAAAAUUCAUUUAUGUGACAUAUUUUUUUACUGAUGUCUGUGGGAGAACCAUACUGGUGGUUCCACAAAAGGGCCAUUAGUACACAUUCUACAGAGCUUUGCCAUUGCGAAUAAUCAGUUUUUUGUGCACAAGUAUUUUCACAUUAAAACUAACGCAUUGUAACAGAUCAUUUUUUGGCAAAUGACAUACAUAUAAUUUCAUACAAUGUUGUUUUCUAAAUAAAUUAUUUUCUCAG